AUGUUGAACAAUAUGGAUUUGAAUGCGAAAGAUUCUUUCUACCCUCAGUUUGAGAAUUGCAACAGUUCUUCCUUGGGAAUGGAAAACAGCGUGCGGAAAGAUAACCAGGAGGUGUAUGUCGAUGCAGAGCGGGGGGUACCUGCCCAGUUUGGCCACGAAGGAACCCCUGCAACUCUCAAAACCGAAGCUUCCAACUCAGAAUUUGCUUUUAACCCCUGCGAGUGCCCAAAAGACACAUACACCCCCUCCUCGCUCGCCUACUCCGGCAGUUUCUAUGUCGAGGCAUCUCAGGGAGCGCCGUGCAGCACCGAAACACUCCUCAAUAUGAUCACUGAGAUUGUGGGCAUAUCUACGCUGCCGCUUUCAGAAGUGCAACAGAGCGGCAACAGUCGGGGAACUUAUCCGUCGCCUGCGCCGCUGGACAGCAGCAAUGGCAAUUUUGGAGACCCCGGCUCCAAGAGGCAAUCCUACACGUGCUCUGGACCUACUCCUCCUGUAUACUCUCCAGAUCAGACGUGCGCGAGGUAUCCUGAUGAUCAGGCCGGCAGCCAGGUUCAAGACCCGUCAUCUUCCCAGCUCAGCUUCAGCUCGUCCCGAGCUCCAAACCAGAAGAAAGCUGAACCAAAGUCAGAGGCUGCUUCUUUCCCCGUCGUCGUAAAGAAUGAGUUUGAAAGCAGCUGCUAUGAGUGGGGGACUCUUAGUAAGUCUGACUGUUUGGAGACCAGUUUCCAGACGGAAACCUUCCCGAUGUCGAGUGAUUUCCCCCCUGACCAGCAAAUGGAUGUAAAGGAACUUUUAGACACGUUCCCCCCAAUUUGUCCCAACCCAGAAAUGGAGUUUAAAGUGGAGGAAGGUAUUAAACAGGAACCGUGUUUCUCUGACACCUGUUCUCAGAGCUACUCCAGUUCCAUGUACAAUAAUUACCUCCCACCGCCGCCGAUGGGCCUCUCCUCUAACCUGAAACCCUUCCCCGAACCUCCACAGCCAUCUAAUCAAUGUGAUUCCUUGUACACAUCACCAGCUUUACCGAGCACCAUAGACUCCAUCCUGUAUUCUUCCUUGUUGCCAGAUUCAUUUGCCCAAAGUUACACCACCCGUGCGACGAAGCCCCCUAGGGCCCGAAAGAGCCCCGCCGCCUCUCAUGGCCCCGCCAAAGAGAAGCCCUUUACCUGCCCCAUGGAGAGCUGCGACCGGCGCUUCUCUCGCUCGGACGAGCUCAACAGGCACAUUCGUAUCCACACAGGCCACAAACCUUUCCAGUGCCGCAUUUGUUUGCGCAGUUUCAGCCGUAGCGAUCACCUUACCACCCACACCAGGACUCACACCGGGGAGAAGCCGUUUUCCUGCGACGUGUGCGGCAAACGCUUUGCCCGCAGUGACGAGAGAAAACGGCAUGGACGCGUACAUCUGAAACAGAAGGAGAAAAUGGAAAUUAAGCCACAGGUGACCACCGGCGCAUGGCCGUUCACUCUUCCCGAGGGAAUCUGA